UCAAUUAUUAAUUUUUUUAUUUCUAGAAUCAAUCAUAGCACGAAUAGGUAACCUAUACUUGCAGAUAAAUAAGACACUAAGAGAUUCGCGAGUAUGCUGAGGUAGCAUCCAUCUUUUCUUCGACAAUCGUAGAGAAACUUGAGGGAGUUCCCAGGGUGUAGUAUGGGUAAGGGUAAGAAUGAUAUGGUCUAUGAGAGCAAGUAUUAAAUUAAAGACUACCAUGGCUAAAAAUGUAAGGAUAAUUGGUGGUGAAGACGCAGAUAUAACAGAAUUUCCUUAUAUGGCAUCGUUUCGAAUUUAUAAAGAUGAACUACUAAUUUGCGGUGGUGCAAUUAUUAGUCAUCAACAUAUUCUUACAGCUGCACAUUGUUUUGAAAAUCGAAGAAAAUCGGAUAUAAGGGUAUACUUGGGCACUACAAAUUCCAGAAAUUAUUCAAUACCAUAUUACAAGAUACGUAACGUUGCGGCUCAUCCAAACUAUCUCAAAAUUGAUAAGAAAUCUCGAUGGACUGUACUUAACGACAUCGCUAUCGUAACCAUUGAACCCAAUAUUGAAUUCAAUGCAUUUCAAAAUAAAAUUGAUCUUCCCACCAAAGAAAUUAAAGUUGGAGAAACUGCUAUAAUGACUGGCUGGGGAUGGAGAACCUAUCCAAAAGGCACGACUUCUAAUACUUUGCAAAAAAUCUCUAUGAAAGUUAUUCCAAAUUGCGAGUAUGACCGUGACUAUCCACAUAUGGUUAAUGAUGAUCAUCUUUGCGCAUUUACAGAGGAGAAAGCUGGUAUAUGCAUGGGUGACAGUGGUGGACCCUUAGUGAGUCAUGGCAAAGUCAUCGGUAUAUGCUCUUUUGGACGUUUAUGUGCUUUAGGUGAUCCAGAUGUAUAUGCAAAAGUUUAUUCUUACUUAGAUUUUAUUAAAUCUUGUAUGAAUUCAGUGAGUGAUUCAAACAGUACGUGUUGUUGUUUGAUACUAUAAAAUUGAUAAUCAUUUGCUAAACUAUUUAA